CCUUGCUUUUGUUCUUUGUACUCGCGGAAAAAAAGUCACAUCUGUAGCUGUAAUUUUCAUCUUCACCAGGUUACUGUUGAUCUAGAUCUGUUUUAAAAUCAUCUUUGGGCACAAUUUGGAAACAAAUGGCCAACAUUUUAGCUACAAUAUUGACAAUCGGGAUUGUUGUGGCAGCCUACUUUUACUACAAACACGUAACUAGUCAAUAUAAACGUGUUCUGGCAGUUUUAGAUGGACUAAAACUUGUAGAACAAGAAAACCCUUUGAAAGGAACACCCAAAGUGGCAUGUGGCUUCGAGGCAAACGUGGAUUAUUUUGUCGAUUCUCUCGACCUCUUAGAAGCGAUGAACCUAGAGCCACCUAAAGAAGCAAAGGCGCACGACGUUGUCAAGUCCGAGAAGGAAUUUCUAGAAACCUUUGCGUUUUUCUUUAAUCAUAGUGCAGCUUCAUCGUAAGUAUUUAAUGCCACUAAACUAAACAAACUUUUAUAGGAAUUAUCACAUUUUCGUGAAGUUUGGGUUAGCCUACAUUACAUAUGAUUAAUGCUAAUGUAUCAGUGAAUUCCAGCUGCGCCCAGCACCCCCCCCCCUCCCACCCCCUGGGCUUCUGCGGGGCAUUUGCCCGCCUUGUAAGCCCCGCGGGUGGGGUAUUUGCAAAUUUUGUGCUGCCCGGGGGCAUUUGCCAACCCCGGGGCCAUUCCCGAGCUUUUGUCACGCACACAGUUUCCUAUCAAAAUAUUCUCGGUUUUCACUCACGUGAGAAAGCAGAAAUAAGAAUGGAAACCUUUUAAUACAGAAAGUCUAGAAUCUGGGAAAUGAAAGAAGGUAAAUAUACAAAAAGCCUUGCAAGAAUCAGGUCUAUGGAAUAAUUCAUAUGAGAGAUAGUCGGAAAAACGUUUUACCCAAAUUUAUAAAGCUUUGUAUGGAGACGCCAGGUUUGUGUCCCUUCCAGGGGCACAAAUAUGGGCACCAGAAACUAACAGAAACAUCUGUUUUUGAGUUUUCCUACUUAUGCGUGAAUUCUUUGCUUGAGGAACUCAUAAAGGUUAAAGGAAUAUUUAUUCUAAGACAAGGAAUGUUUAGAUAGCAAAAUCUCUGAAAAUCCGCAAUGUUUUUAACCCACAUAAAAGCCUUCUUGGCCGCGAGCUAAAUGCCGCGUCACGCAAAAGCCUGGAAAUUCAAGCAUCCUGUAUCCUGUAAAGAAUCCUUUUGAACCAAAAAUUUGUUUGUAUAAAGGUUUUAAGGUGCCCUAAUAUCACAUGAAAGUAGAAACUCAGAAGAAGCGAUAGUUUCUUAGUUUGAGUUUUGGUGACGUCAUGUGAAAACUGAGAAUAACUACACGGAGGAUUUUACUGGGAAAGAUAGCCGAUUGGCUCAUCUGUCAAGGACAGCAUGAGGAAAAAAUUGAAGGGGGUUGUAAAGGCAUGUUCUUGAUUUUGUGCAUGCAUUUCUUCAUUGCUUAUCAAGCCAGAAUUACAUAGUGAAAUUGGGAGCUAUCGACGUUAAUCAACAUUUUUUGGUUAUUGAAUCAAAUUUCUGUUGAUAUUAUUUGAAAAACAACCUCAAUAUUUAUAAAACUGUUCAUAAAAUAUAACUUUAGAGUGCUCUGUUAAUUUAAUGUCAAUAAUUUUACAUCACUACUUAAAUUAUAAACUGGUGCAUGUCGUCACUGCUUGAAGUCUUAGUUAGAAUCCAAGCGAUAUUACGAAAGGAAGAUGUUAAUUGAAACAAAAAAUCGUACAUUAAAAUGCUUAAAACAGCACUAUUCGACUGACUGUACUGACUGUUCUGCAAAAUUUGAGGGGCAAACAGAGGGUGUAUUAUGGGGGAUUCGAACAUAGAGAAUUAUGCAUAUUACCCUGACGUUACUUCUUGAACCAAAUCAAAAAUUUUAGUUCAAUUUCCUCCUUGAACUUUAAGUUUAAUUUCCUCCUAGUAGUGCUCAUUCUCCAACUUGAACCUAAAGCUCCCUAUUGAAUGUACAUUCUUGGAACAACUGGAAGAUGACAUGUCGUGGCAGUUACAUCUCCUGCCAUUUCAUCACAGCUUUUUGCAGAAUUUUGCUUGGCACAUUUAUCUGACAUGUGGCUUUCUUUUUACAAUAUUUCCAGUUUUAACUUGAGAUAUAUGACAAGUCUAGUGAAAGUCUUAAGUUCAAGCAGUGAAUGGAUGUCAUGACCUGGAACCAGAUGAAGAGUGUGUGUUGUGACCAAUAAUGGUGUUGAUUUGGCCAAUGUUAUCUAUUUUAGUCAAAGUUACCUGUUGAAUUUUAUUGGCACAAAAUAUCGGUCAAUGUUUUUCAAUGGGUGUCCAUGGCAAAGAAUGGCUUAAUGUUUCGAGAACAUAAGGUUUCUAUUUUUGUUGCUUUGGAUGGAAAAGUUGUAGCAAUAAUUAGUAUAUUAAUUCCAUUCAACGGUUCAAAGAAAGGUUAACAUUAUCAAAUCAAAAAUGGGGCUGAAGAGAGCUAGUGCUGAUCAGAAAUCAGUGAAGUGCAAAUUGAAAGUAAAUGGAAAAGCAAAUAAAAACAUAUGAUAUCACCGAUCACUAGCUGAACACAAGUCUUUCAAACAAAUGCCAGUUUUCCUCCUUAUUUAGAGACGGAUGGUGGGAUCCUUGAUGGCAUUGAAAUCGAUAUUAAAUAAUGAUAAAUUGUGAAAAUCAAUGAAGCUUACAGUGAAAAAAGUUGUAACCAUCAAUUUCUUUCGAUUAAUCAAUAAAAUGUUGAUAUGUAUGGAAUUUUUUUGGGUGUAAUUGCAGAUGUCUCUCCCUCAAAAUGUCCCUAAUGGCACGGAGCAAGGAGAGAUUGCUGUAUUCACAGGCUAAAGAUGAAAGAGUUAUCACUGAGCAACAAUGUAAACUUGCCAUCCAUAUUUCUUUUUAUGACUAAAUACUUGUACUGUUUUUAUUUCUGACAGACGCUACAUGAAAGAUAAGGAACUUUUUCGCAAGAUGGUGGUCAAAGCCUUGACCCUAGAAGGAACACGUAAGCUUGUAGGAGGGAGUGGGUUGCAGAUCGGUAAAAGACUUGUUAAAGAGGGAUGUCAUGUCCUUGCUGCAGCUGAUUCCUCAGCAGAAUUGAUAAACAUGCUGCCAGAUAACAUGUCUGCCAUUGGAGACAAUGUUGACGUUGAUGAUAUCCACCUUAUACUAGAAUAUCUUGCACACUUGCCAUGGGGAAAGUAUGAGUCACAGAGAGCUAAUAGAUUGGUUAUACACAGUGAUGAACAUAAUCCUUACCUAAAAUCACUGAACAAGUUUCAAGAGAAGGUUCAACAGUUUUCACCAUCCAUUUUGGUAGUUGCAGGGCUUCAUAUGCUAGACAACUUUCCAGGAUUCCUUCCUGGGGAAAGCAAUGAAAUGUUGAAAAGGAUGUCAUCUUUUCUUGACAAAUCUCAAGUCCCUAUUCACUUUGAAAUGGCACCAUUUCACCAAGAAACAUUUUUUGAUGAACUGUUGCAGCAUAUAAUACCACAUGCAGGUUCCAUGGGAAUGAAUGAACAAGAAUUGCCGAAUUUAUGGAGUAAACUACUUUAUGGAAAUAUUACCAUGGUAUCAAGCCAGAAACCCAGAGUCGCUACUGUACUUGAUUUGAUGAGAGAUGUGUACAAAGUUUCUAAAGAAAAUUACAGGAAUGGAAAAAAGAUCAGAGAGCUGACAAGAUUACAUGUACAUACUCUAGCAUUUCAAGCCAUUCUAACUACUAAAGGAUCAAACUGGAAGAAUACUCAAGCAGCUGUUGCAAAGGCUUCAUUGACAGCCACAAGGCAUGUCUGUGGCUCUGAGGAAAUUGACCCCAAGAAGUCAAAACUAUUCAUGGAUGAUUCAUUCUCCAAAAGUGUCGUUCCCGGCAGUCCCAGAGUUCAAUUCAAUCCCAGUUCACCUGUGUCAUGCUGGGAGGAGCAUGAUUAUGAAAUCUGUGUGGCACCAGUGCUAGUCUGUACUCAGGUCCUGCAGACUGGAGGUGGUGGAGAUCAUAUCACAGCAGGUGGCUUGUUACUGCAGAUUUAGACUGCAAAGUCAUCAAGUGAUUAUUGAACACUUAAUGACUGGUCCAAUGAGAUUCAAGGGAAACAAAAUUAACUGUUUCCUGAGGAACUAGUGUGAUUUGUAAUAUAGCUGGAAAUUUUGAAGCUGAAAAUUCAUUAAACCUCUCUUUAAUGGCAGUCGGUGGUCAACAUUCGUGGGUAACAGUGCACUGUUACCCUCUGAUGUCAUAGAUUUUGCAAUGUUUCCUGCUCAGAGAUGUUGUCAGAAAACAGUUUCAUUGUUAGAUGUCAUGUGACAUCAAAGUAACCAAUAAGAGCGUGCACUGUUGGGAAAAAAUUUCCAGCUAUAUAACAAUAUAAUUUACUAAUCCUCUUCACCUUUACAAUACUUUAUUCACUCUCCUCCACACACAGAUGAUUUUUUGCAUAUUUAAUAGUGAGGCUUGGAGAGAGGUAAAAUAAAGCAUUCGGGAGAUGAUAUGAAGGGGAAAGUGAAGGAAGGAGGUAUGCUCCUUCCUUCACUCUGUUCUCAUUGUUCAUGACCCAUAUGCUCUAGAGGUCUUGUGUCUCAAGGUCAGGACAUCACUGCAAGUCCUGGGUUUUACACGCACCAUUUACUAUCCUUCUUUUAAGAGUAAAAUUCAAAGUCUGGAUCUUUUAGGAUCUAAGUCAAGAAAAACCAGGCGAGUUGUUGUGUCACUGCAGAGUUUUGAACAUUUUGAUCUCAUCUUUGUAAAGGCGAGGAAAAUUGUGGCGUAUUUAUUUUUAAAAAUAACACUGAAUGUUUUAAAUAACCUAUUUCAGCCAAAAUUCUUAAAAGGUGGCAAACAAGAGACUUGAAAAACAAAUAGUUGUGCCAUUAUUUCACCAUAUAUAUUAUCAAUGCUCUCAUUGUCCAUCUUGACCAAUGAGUGCAUCAGAAAUUGCUAAGUUAUGGUAAUUAUUCGCUAUUGUAUACAACUUACAAGACACUCAAAUUUCCUCAAUAAAAUUGUCUGGUGUCAGUUAUCCCUGUGACUAACCACUUCACUCACAGGU